AUGGCCGAGCGGCGUCUCAAAUGCCUUGAAAACCGCCUCACCAAGUCACCCGAGCUCUACGAAAAAAUGCGACAGCAGAGAACCGACUACCAGGCGAAAGAUUAUGCUCAUCAAGCUACGCCGCAGGAACUACAAGAAUCGGAUCCUAAACGCUAUGCUAAGAAUGUAAAUGCCGACGACCACGCAGAAGAGUUUCCAAAAGCAGCCGUUGCGAUCAAGGAGAACCAUUAUGUCGACGACUAUCUGGAUAGCGUUGACAGCGUCGACGAAGCAGUUCAACUGGCUUUGGAAGUAAAAACAGUCCACGACCGAGCAGGAUUUCAAACAAGACAUUGGACGUCGAACGCCACCGAAGUGCUUAAACGAAUCGGCGAACAAAAUUCUCAAGCAGCGAAAAGCUUUGUGAUGGACAAAGGCAGCCAGCAAGAACGCAUUUUAGGAAUGGUCUGGUUGCCCACCGAGGACAUGUUCUCGUACACGACAAAUUUCCCUAGCGAUUUGAAACGCCUUUUCGACUUAGCAGUCAUCCCUACCAAACAAGAGGUCCUGAGGCUGGUGAUGAGUCUGUUCGACCCUGUGGGUCUCGUUGCAUCGUUUGUCGUCGAGGAAAAAGUCAUUAUUCAAGAAAUUUGGAGGGCAAAGGUCGGUUGGGACGAAAGCAUCCCAUCCGACAUCGUUCCUCGAUGGCAACAGUGGUUGGAGGUACUACGGACGCUGGAUAAAGUAAAGAUUCCCAGAUGCUAUUUCCCAAAGUACAGCAAGGAAGCCUACGAAUCACUCGAACUACACAUCUUCGUUGACGCGAGCGAGAGCGCCUUCGCUGCAGUCACCUACUUUAGAAUCGUUGAUAAAGGACAUGUUCGAUGCUGCUUAAUGGGAGCGAAAACUAAAUUAGCUCCUCUGAAACAACUCUCCAUCCCUCGCUUGGAACUACAGGCAGCUACGAUUGGAGCGCAGCUUAUGAAGUCUAUCACCGAAAGCCACACCGUUUCAAUCAAACGCCGAUUAAUGUGGUGCGAUUCUCGAACUGUUCUCUCGUGGCUCCGGUCAGAUCAAAGGCGAUACCGACAGUUCGUGGCAUUCCGUGUCAUGGAGAUACUAGAGGAGACAAGCGUGGGCGAUUGGAGAUGGGUGCCGUCCAAACAGAACGUGGCGGAUGAAGCCACAAAAUGGGGGAAAAGCCCUGACUACAUCGAGAGCUGCCGCUGGUUCAAAGGUCCUGCAUUUCUAUACGAGGACGAGAGUCAAUGGCCUGUGGAAGACGUCCUGGCGAAGGAAUGCACAAACGAAGAGCUGCGGAACGUCCACGUUAACGUGCAGUUCCAUUCCAACGAUUCUCUAAGUGGGAGAGGCUGGUCAGAGCUGUAG